UCUCUCCCUCCCUCCCUCCCUCUCUCUCAUCCUAAUUCCUCAUAAUUCAGCCAAAAUUCAAACCCUUCCAUUUUAAAUUUUCAUAAUUUUCGGAAUCUCAUACUCUUCUUCUUCCUCUGUCUCUCUUCUCACUGAAUUUCAAUUUCCAUUUUUUCCCUUAAUUUCCAGGAAUUCAAAUUCUCAACAAAACCAAAAAAGUCCAAAAUCCAAAUACUCACUCAUUUCUUGCAAACUUGGAAGCUUCAUUUUGCAAUUCCUGGAAAUUUCAGCUCGAUUUGCAACUUCAAAUUCUGGAUUCUUUGAUCGACGGCUUCAGCAUGUGAAGUCAAUUUCUGAAUUUUUCUACCAUAAUUAGUAAAGGAAGUUUUUUUUUCUUUUAAUUUUAAAAUUUGAAUAAAAAAGAGAAGAAAAGAAGAGCUUCUUCAAUGGCGGACUCGGACAACGACUCGGGCGGAGCGCACACGAAAUCAAACAGCGAGCUCUCGCCUCGGGAACAGGACCGGCUGCUGCCGAUAGCGAACGUGAGCCGGAUCAUGAAGAAGGCACUGCCGGCGAACGCGAAGAUCUCCAAGGACGCGAAGGAGACGGUGCAGGAGUGCGUGUCGGAGUUCAUAAGCUUCAUCACCGGCGAGGCCUCGGACAAGUGCCAGAGGGAGAAGCGGAAGACGAUCAACGGCGAUGAUUUGCUCUGGGCGAUGACGACGUUAGGGUUCGAGGAGUACGUGGAGCCUCUCAAGGUUUAUCUGCAGAGGUUCAGGGAGAUGGAGGGGGAGAAGAGCAGCGUGGCGGCGCGUGACAAGGACGCGAGUGGAGGUGGCGGGAAUGGUGGGGUUGGGUACGAGAGUGGUGGUGGGAGUGGAGGAGCUGGGGUAUAUUGGCAGCAGCAACAGCAGCAGCAGCAGCAGCAGCAGCAUCAGCAUCAGGGACACGUGUACGGCGCGAGCGGGUUUCAUCAGAUGGGUGUGAGUGGAGUUGGGUUGGGGAAGGGUGGGCCCGGAUCUAACAUGGGUAGACCCAGAUAAUUAUAGUGGACUCUCUGCUCUCUGUGGCUAUUUGCUUUGGGUGCCCUUUUAUAAAUUAUAAUUUGAUUUCUAAUUAAAGUCUUUCUUAAUUGAGGACAGUGUCUGUGUAGAACUCCUAGUUGUUUUACUUAUUAGUGCUUUUGCAGAAGUGCUUUAUUUUUAUUUAUUACUAAAAUAGUUUGUAAUUUGGGAUUAUAUAGAGAGAAUAGAAUUUGAGUAGAUUGUGGUAUAAAUAUUGUGAUUUGAGUCAAUCAUAUCAGUAGAGGAAUUCUCUUUGGUUA